AGCAUUCACUAGCAACAAGUUGAGGUUACUUCUCAUCUUGUAUUUAUUCAAAUGCCCUAAAAAAGCAUUUAAAAUCCACAAAACUUGGGAAAAACAUAAACAGGACAAACGUAUUACUACGGUGGAUAUAAUUGUCCCUAUGGACAAAGAGAAGUCGGUAUAUUUGACACAAAUUCAAUAUCUGGAGGAGCAGUUGGAGAGAUGUCAGCUGGAUCACGACCGGCUGCAGAGACAGAACGAGGAGCUGACCUCCCGGUACGGCGCCCUGGAGAAGGACAAGAUGGACACCACUCGGCGCCUGAAACGCAGGGUGGAUGCAAAGGAGACGGAGGAGAGGGAGCUGACGGAGCGGCUCCAGAGUCAGCAGCAGGCCGCCGAGCGGCUCCGACACGACCUGAAGCUUCAGCACGGCUGUGAGAUGAAGGAGCUUCAGCGGCGUCUGGAGGACCUUCAGUCGGACAGCGAGGCGCUGGCAAAUAAGUCCCGCCAGCAGCAGGAGCUGAAGCAGCGGCUGGACCUUCUGGUGCAACAGCGGUCCGACCGGGAGACCAAGACGAAGCUGCUGGUCGGUCACAACAAAAAGCUUGAAGCGGCCAUCGACUGCUGGAAGCGCGAAGCCGAGCCAGAGAGGAGAAGGAAGAUCGCCGACAGGGAGAAAGAAAUCGACGGAUUCACUGAGACGAAGACCGUGAGGAUUCUCCAGUCGGACAGAGCGGCUCACGUCAAGCGGCUGGAGGAGCUCUCCUUCCUGCUGGGCGAGAAGGUGACCCUGCUGAGGGAGAGAGACGUCCUUCGAGACCAGAUGAGGGAUCACUGCUCCGAGAGGGACCGCUGGAAGACGGACGUGAUGAAAAAUGCAAAAGAGCUCUUCUCAUGCAAGAAGGACUUUGGGCAGAUGCAGAACGAGUGCCAGCGGCUGAGGGCGGAGCUUAAGGACUGUAGCUCCGCCUACGAGGACGUGCUGGCCAGGAAAGUCACUCUCAAAGGGCUCCUGGCCGCGGCGUCAGAGAGGAGCUGCCAGCAGACGGCCGAGGCGGCUCGGCUGGGGGCGGAGCUCCAGAGGGAGAGCAGGGAGGGGGGGCGCCUGCAGGCCGUCAGGGAGGAAGGGGUCGUCCUCCUCCGCCACGUUCUGACGGACUCAGAGGAGGCGUCUGAGACGGAGCAGAUGAUGCUCAGGCUGCUGGACAUCCUGGAGAGCUCCGCCCCCCCCAAGGGGACCAGGCUCCACCCUAAACCACUCCCCCGACGAGGACGGGAGAGGACGGACCCGGAAACCAGCCAGCUGUGAUCCAGAGGCGGACCUGGGGGCCUCCGGCCAGAGGUUUGACCAGAUCCCACUGCCCCCCCCCCCCCUCCCCUCGCUAUCAUAAUAAAGCAGAAAGUAGUUUGCUAAAUAAAGGUUUUAGUCUCUUUCAUCCUGUCUAUUAAUCUGCACGGUCACACCAGGAGAUAUAAGC